GCGCAAGGCAAACAGAUACCAGUCUCGUUGCGUCAUAUUUCCAAAGAUCUGUACGAGAUAGAGUUUGUACCGAACACAGAAGGUGAUCAUGAGUUAUCGAUAAAAGUGAAUGGUGAUCAUAUCAACGGGAGUCCAUUCAAUAUAGCUGUUCUGGAUUUGAGUGCAGUUCGCAUAAUUGGAUUACGGAAUGAUUGUGUUGGUGCUGAACAACGAUUUAAUGGUUCGUUUUGUUGA